ACGAUAUCCACGGUGGUUUUAUCAUCAAAUUUUACUCCCUCGCGUUACAUACGACAGAUGCACUUGCGAAGAAAGAACAAAAAUUUUCUUAAUCGUCGUCGAACUUAUUUGCCCGUCGCGAGCCACUGCCACCUAGAAUUAUUUCGCGCUUCUACCAAUCUAUACAUAUAUAAGUAUACCUAUAUGUAUACCUUAUACUCGUUUCAUCCAGCGACGUAACUUGGUACGUCGUCGGCAACAACCUCGACGGUUAUACGGGACCGUCGUCGACGGACACAGCCGCAGUAGGGCAGCCCUCGAUGACAGAGGAGGCCAAAUCAGAGCGGCCCCCUCGCAAUUAGAGAAGAAAUAACAAAAAAGCCAACAGUCCUCUCAAACUUUAGUUUUAAUCAUUGAAUGAACUUGAAAAAAAAAAAUCAGUAAAUUAAUAAAAUUCCUUGACCUGGUAUUGGCGAAGUUAUGUACAGCCACCUCGCCACAGUGCUCAGUAUUUAACCGCAUGAAAAUAAAUUAUUCUUGUAAUUGUGCAUUUAUUAUCAUAAUUUAAUUAUAAAUGUGUUAACUAAUUUUAUAAUGAAUUGUGAACAGUGAGAUCUGGUGCACGAUUAUAUUAUACUCUUUAUUUAAACAAUCAUAAGAGAAGAAAACAAUUUUUCUUCUUCAUCCGUCUUUGAUUCGUUUUUCUUUUAAUCAACCGUUACGCAAUCAGGAUGCUGUCGAUUGAUGAUAUUGCCGGCGAAGAGGGUUCUGGAUAUCUGAAACGGGCAAACAGUGAUCGACUUCAUGAAAUCUUCAAUCAGUAUGCGACUCAGGAGAAAAAUGGAGAGAGAUUUAUGACCCCCGCAGAUUUCGUGAGAAGUUACCUGGGCUUUUAUACAGAUGCAGAUUUCAAUCCCGAGUCUGUUAGGCUGCUCGCCGGCAUCGUUGAUACCAGCAAAGAUGGGCUCAUCUCAUUCGCCGAGUUUCAGGCGUUUGAGGGUCUACUUUGUGUACCAGAUGCCCUUUACAGAACGGCUUUCCAAUUAUUUGAUACUAAUGGAAACGGAAUGGUUGCGUUUGCUGAGUUCGCUGAGGUGAUGCGUAAGACUGUACUUCAUCAGAAAAUGCCGUUCAACAUGGACAGUGGGUUUAUAAAGCUCUAUUUUGGCAAUGACAAGAAACGGCUAAUUAAUUACGCCGAAUUCAGCCAGUUCCUUCAUGACUUUCACGAGGAGUACGCCAUGGAAGCUUUCAGAAAGUUUGAUACCGAAGGUGCGGGCUUCAUCACCGCUUUAGAUUUUCAAGACAUUAUGAUCAGUAUAAAAAGUCACCUACUGACCAAGAAAAUCAAGGACAAUCUAGUCGCGGCUGCAGGGGCUGGCCAGGGUGGACGGAAAGUCAGUUUUCCCUACUUCAUGGCUUUCAAUUCUUUGCUGAAUAACAUGGAGCUCAUAAAACGUAUUUAUCUGAACGCUACCAAUGGACACAGAAAUCAGGAAGUUACCAAAGAGGAAUUUCUCCAUUCUGCUCAAAUGAUGUCCCAGAUCACCCCCUUGGAAGUGGAUAUUCUGUUCCAACUGUGCGACCUUCUUCAUCAAACUGGCUCUGCAACGGAAGAUUCUGAGGCAAGGGCAUGGUUUGGGAGAAUAGUCUACAACGAUCUUGUGGACAUUACACCAGAACAGUAUUUCAAACAAAUCUCGAAGCGUCUUGCCGAAAUCAAAGCAGUUUCGAGUCCUGAUGAACGUGGUGUUGUCACACAAAUACUAGAGAGCGGUUACAGAUUCGUGCUCGGCUCAAUUGGUGGAGCCGUUGGAGCAACCGCUGUUUAUCCAGUUGAUUUAGUGAAAACUCGUAUGCAGAACCAACGAACCGGUUCAUUUAUCGGUGAAUUGAUGUACCGAAACAGCAUUGAUUGCUUCAAAAAGGUUAUUCGCCACGAAGGUGUUACUGGUCUAUAUCGCGGACUGGUACCACAAUUAAUGGGAGUUGCGCCUGAAAAAGCUAUAAAACUUACGGUCAACGAUUUUGUCAGAGAUAAAUUUAUGGACAAGAAUGGAAAUCUUCCAAUCUUUGGUGAAAUCAUAUCUGGUGCCUGCGCUGGAGGAUCUCAAGUAGUGUUCACUAAUCCACUUGAGAUUGUAAAAAUCAGGCUUCAGGUUGCUGGCGAAAUUGCUGGAGGUUCAAAAGUCAGUGCGCUUUCGGUUGUCAAGGAACUUGGUCUAUUUGGUCUCUACAAAGGUGCACGAGCUUGUCUGCUGCGUGACGUACCCUUCAGCGCGAUAUACUUUCCAACAUAUGCUCAUUUAAAGACAAAAAUGGCCGACGAAGGGGGAUACAACACGCCGGUGUCCCUCUUAAUUGCAGGAGCUAUGGCUGGUGUUCCAGCUGCAGCGUUGGUUACCCCAGCUGAUGUAAUUAAAACGAGAUUACAGGUAGUGGCAAGGCAAGGUCAAACGACGUACAAUGGUGUGACGGACUGUGCUCGUAAAAUUUACCGCGAAGAAGGUGCAAGGGCUUUCUGGAAAGGAGCCACAGCCCGUGUACUGAGAUCGUCGCCGCAGUUUGGGGUCACCUUAUUCACCUAUGAGUUACUUCAAAGGUUGUUCGUCGUCGAUUUUGGAGGAUCUCGGCCAACCGGCUCAGAACAGAAGGUUCCUACAACUGGAAUGGCUGAUGAGAUACGAUCAACGAAUCCUGAUCACAUCGGAGGCUACCAAGUUGCGUUGCCGAUCUUCACGGGAAUUGAAUCAAAAUUCGGCCUUUGUCUACCGAGGUACCAAGCGAGUGUUCCAACGAAGCCUGCAGCAACCGUCGCGCAGUAAAAAAGUGCACAUUGCCAGCAGAGGCUACAAUAUGUAUAGUUUCUACGAACAUUGUUUCAUACAUUUAUAUCCAUGUAUAUAUGCAGAUAUUUAUACGGGAAUUUGUGUAUACCGUGUACCGAUGUUUAUAUCAUGCGUGUGCUCGGAAGUACGGGCAUAUCGCAUUUAUCACAGAGUAACGACAAGGUUGAAAGCGAAACGUACCGAAUUGGGGCGAGAUCAUGAAAGAGCUGAAUCAAUGAACUGAUAAAUUCUACUAAAUAAAUUGUUAUACUUCGAUACCGAAUACAGCAAGGAGCGAAUGAGAGGAAACAUCAAGUCGUGAGUACCUAUAUUGUUGAGAAAUUCUCUGUCCCGUUUUGAAACCCCGGUGAACCGCGAUCAUUAAUUCUCGACAGCGUUAUUCACUGCAUAGGUAAUAAUUAUUUAAACUUUGAAUCUAUGAUAGUGUUACACUGAAUCCUACCACAAGUCAGCUACUGGUAGCUGAAACGAUUAUAUUGUUAAGUUGGGUAUGUACUCGUUAAUAUUGACUAUUUUUUAAAGACUGGUGCGCCUCGAUGAAAUAAUUCAGUAACGAGAGUUUCGUUAUAAUCACGUUUUUCAGCCUACUGCCCGUAGAUUAUGCUCCGGAGAGACUGUUGAACUGUAAAGCUUACUUUAGUCACUUAAAUAAUUCUUCGAGGCGCACUUAAGCUGCGCAUUGUACGAGGUACGUACGUGCGUAUUAGCCAGCUACUGUUAUCCUAGAGUGAUUGUACUACGUAUAUCAUGGAAGAACUCAGGAAUAAAUUCCUGUGGUUCCUGCAGGACGCAUUUCUUGAUUUUCAAUAGUCAUGCCAACACUGGAUACUCAUAGUCUAAGUUUAUUGUGUAUGAGCAUACAAUGACUAUUUCAAAUCGAUUCGAUGAGUUUUGCAGAUUCUAAUUUCCCCACGUAUGAUGUUUUGAGGACCUUAAUUUUCACCGUACUUUAUAUAUGAAGAGAUAUCUAUAAAUAUAUAUACGAAAAUGUAUAUACAUAUGUUCACAGUUGAAAUGUAAAUAAGUUCGUUAUAAAAUUAUUAAAACAACUUCGUAAAGUUUAUGAAAUUCUGAAAAACUGCAAUUGGUGAGCUACAAAAAAUUUAACAGAGAAAUAAUAUUCAAAUAUCUAUGCAAAAAAUAUUAUGCGACUGCACAAAACACAGUGAACUUUUAAAAUAAUCACAUUCAUAUAAUUAAAUCUAUUCUACCACGAACACUAUUCGUAAAAAAAUAAGCCACAGCUUUACGAUGCACUUUUUCAAAGUUGAGCAACGAAAAAAAAGAAAAAAAAAAACAUUUACAUCUAUCCUUCAUAAUUUCUAUCAGUUAUUUAUCUUUCAAAGUGCCAAUCUGAAUCAAAGAAUCAAAUACUGUGUCGUAAUUUUACACGGUUUACGCUAAAAAUACUUUCCAAGUUUUCGUGAAGAGGAGAAAAUGAGCAUCAGGUAAAAUACGAUCGGUACAGUGAGAAUAUAUAAUAAAAAAUUCGUUACGAUAUCAAAGUGUAUCAUAAUUGGGGGAAAAACUUUUUUUUCUCAAUUCAAUGUUGAAAUUUUUCUUUACAGUGCAGUGUUCAAUUACGCACUGCGCAAAAAUACGUAUGAUUUUUCAAAGCAUAUUCCGGUUGAGGUAACGCUGAAAAUAUUAUCAUAUUAUUUACCUGCGUGAACUUAUAAUGUACAGAUAUGAAUUUAAAAAUUGGAUACCUAUUGUGAAAAGUUAUGUUAUAUGACAUGGUACGACAUUUUGAAAGUAAGAAUAAAUGCUAUAAUUUAAGUAACAGCUUUUUCGCGUUAUGUACAAUUCUCCCGUGAUCACCUUUCAUUUCAUUUUAUAUUUUAGAAUAGCUGAAUCAAAAUGUGAAUAUUGUUAAAGUUCGUUCAUGGUGUAUAUUGAAAUAAAUUUGGGACUAUUACAAAAUUAA